CCGCCUCCCGACACUCAGAACGUCUCGUCCCAACAGCACAGCGCAAUUCUCGCGAACUUGGCAAGACUUCCUUCAUGAUGCGACACUUCAAGCCAUAUAGCUGGAUCCUGGUGGUUUCCGGCCUCACGGUUUUCCAUAAACUUCAAGCGAAUGACAAUCAUAAGACGAAGACAAUGUGGAAAUUUUUUUGCUUAGCUUACUCGCUCGUCUGUUUUACCAUUUUCAUGUUCGUUGGCGUCUUGUUUGUUCUUCAGUUCAUCAUACUUUUCUUUAUCAAAGUCCAAGUGUUCACAAUUUGGCUCCACGUCGUCUCCUUUUCCGUUAUUAAUUUCAAAGUAGUGCACAACGCCCUCUGCAUCGCCUUCAAUUCCGGCAACCUUUCACGUUUUUUUGAUGAAUCGGCGAGGUAUGAGGCUGCGGUAAACUUCGUUCCACCGAACUGCUGCCGGCAACCAGCAGGCCGUUACGUGCAACGGUUUGUGCAGCUGAUCGUAUUCCUUGGGAGCUUGAGCAUUUCCACCUACCUCGCCUGCAUCUUUAUCGACUAUAACGUGAGUGACGUCGCCGUGGGCGCACUCCUAAAGGUGACCUGCCUCGCAGGUACGUUCCUCUUCUACGUCUACCAAAUGUCGGACUUCAUUGUCCUCAGGCCGUGCUUAGAAGUUUUGCUGUGGUACAUUCGGCAGCAGCACGAAGUUCUCCUAUGCCUCACGAAGGGAGGCUGCAGUGGCUUGCUGUUCGUGAAGCGAGACAAGAAGGUCGAAGAGAUCAGGCUUAGCCUUUGCGCCAUAUUGCUGCUUAAGAACCGGCUGAACGGCAUUUGGCGCUGGUCAGUCAUGAUCUCGGGCUCGGUAGUCUUACUCCUGGCUUGCAUAAGCAUAUACACGGCGUACGUCGAAGGCUUUUCAACGGUUCAGACUUUCCUUGGCCUAUUAUACUGUGUCUUGUCUCUCCUGGAUCUCCUCGAUGUCGCUGGCUUGAGUCAGGAGAUGGUCAACGAGAUACGGAGCAUGCGACAAACUCUUGAGAGCACUCCAGCGCGCUUUGAAAGCGGCCCUUACUUUGCUGAGAUAAGCUAUCUGAGAGAUACCAUAAAGCCGAAUCAAAUGGCGAUAUCUGGAGCUGGCUUCUUCUACCUAAAUUUGCCCUUGAUUGUUUCGCUUCCAGGUUCUGUGAUCACCUACACCGUCAUUCUCGUUCAAACCAGCGAAAGCAUGGCCCCAACAACCAAGUAAACAUGUCCUAUUCAGUUACAGCAUUGGCGUCGAGAAGAAGCUCCCAACUGCCGCUGCAGAUCAAACACAUACCUAUGUGAAAUGCCUUUAAGCUAAGGCAUCUCAAAAGAC